AUGCCACAGCAAGAGUUCAUACCCAAGUCGUAUAGCUUGGAGCAUGGACCUACAUCGACUUCAUCAUCAGUCCAUCUACGAAGCAACGAGAGGAACCAAGCAGUAGACUUCACCUUUGAGGCUAUACGACCAGGUCUGUUCCGGACGACGUUCACUUCAGAUACACAUCCACUUCCACCCUUCCCAAGUGCGGCAAGACCGAAAGCUCAUGCUACCACUUACGCCACGACCAAGUCUGGCGCGAAUUCCAAGACUUUCACAUACAAUGAUAUUGAGGCAACAGUAGACUGGAGUGGCGUGCCUAUCGUCUCUGUGGGAUUCGCAGGCCAGCAGCCACUGCACACAGAUUUGCCCAACCGCUCCUACGUUCUGGAUGGGAGUGGUGUUGCUCACUAUACCCGCUACUUUGGAGGCAGUCUUCAUGUUGGGCUUGGGGAGAAGGCAGCUCCAAUGGAUCUGUCGAAUCGGCACUUUACCUUAUCGGCGACGGACUCGUUCGGCUAUGAUGUGCAUCGAACUGAUCCAAUGUACAAGCACAUUCCACUUCUCAUUCGCGCAGGACCAGAAGGCGUGGUUGCGACUUUCUCGGCGUCUCACUCACGAGGACAUUACUCUGUUGGCUCGGAGAUGGACGGUAUGUGGGGAUUCUUCAAGGUGUAUCGCCAGGACCAUGGCGGAUUGGAGCAGUACAUUCUCAUUGGCAAGACGCUCCAAGAAGUGAUCACCAUCUACGCAGACCUCGUUGGCUACCCGCUCCUAGUACCAAGAUGGGCUUUCGGCUACCUUGGAGGUGGCAUGAAAUACUCCAUGCUCGACGAGCCGCGUGCGAGCGACGCACUGCUGGAGUGGGCGAGCAAGCUCGAGAAGCACGACAUCCCGUGUUCAGGCUUUCAGAUGUCGUCGGGCUAUACUGUUGCUGAAACGGAGCCAAAGACGAGGAAUGUCUUUACCUGGAACAGACAUCGUUUUCCCGAUCCGAAGAGCUUCUGCGAUGCGUUCCAUGCAAAGGGAAUCAGGUUGAUUGCAAACAUCAAGCCUUAUAUCCUGGGCAGCCACCCGGAAUAUGAGAAGCUUGUCAAAGCCGGAGCUUUGUUCAAGGACCUGAAUACAGGCGGCUCGGGUAUUGCUCGAUUGUGGAGUGCUGGUGGUGGUGAGAGUGGUGAAGGUGGUCACAUUGACUUUACAUCAAAGGCUGGCUACGACUUCUGGUAUAACGGCGUGAAGGAGUUGCGGCAAAUCGGCAUGGACUGCAUGUGGAAUGACAACAACGAGUACGUCGUGCCGGACGACACAUGGCAGCUCUCCUUGGACCAGGAAAGUGUGAAGGACAUCAAAGAGCCGCGUAGCGACCUUGGUCUAUGGGGUCGUGCAAUGCACACGGAACUCCAUGGCAAAGCUUCGCAUGAUGCUCUGCUAGAGGUCCGGCCAGAUGAGAGACCUUUCGUACUGACGCGGAGCGCCACCGCUGGCACAAUGAAGUACUCCUGCAGCUCUUGGUCCGGCGACAACAUCACGAGUUGGGACGGCAUGCGUGGGGCCAAUGCACUUUCGUUGACUGCUGGCAUGUGCUUGAUGCAGUGUUACGGCCACGAUAUCGGUGGAUUCGAAGGACCUCAGCCCACGCCUGAACUCCUACUCCGCUGGAUCCAGCUUGGGAUUCACAGCCCUCGCUUCGCUAUCAAUUGCUACAAGACUGGUGAUGAUAAUCUUGUGGGAGAUGUCAUCGAGCCGUGGAUGUAUCCCGAGAUCAUUCCCGAAGUGCGGAAAGCUAUCCGACGAUUGUACGAGCUGAUCCCAUACCGAUACAGCUUGAUGCUACAGAGCCAUCUCACGGCUAUGCCGCCUCAGCGCUGGGUCGGUUGGGGCUACGAGUCGGACCCAGAAGUCUGGACGAGCAGAGUACUCAAGGACGGCGAGCAGCAGUACUGGCUUGGCGAUAGCUUGCUGGUUGGUGGCGUCUACGCACCUGGAGCCACCGAAGGCAAGAUCUAUGCACCCAAGCGCAGCGCUUCAGACCCCGGCUUUCUCAACCUCAGUGCGCCGUACCAAUAUCUUCCAGCAGGACAGUGGCAUGCCAUUGCCUCGCCUUGGAAGAACAGCAUACCGCUCCUUGCGAAGAUUGGUGGUGCGAUACCUGUUGGUAAGAACAAGCAAGUGGUGGCUUCUGGGGAUAAAAUCAAUGAGGCGAAGCUUCCUGCUGAUGACUGGCGUGGCCUUGAGAUCUUCCCUGCGCCGGAGCAUUUGGCGGAUGGGACUGUGUUCAGCAAUAUCUGGCUCGAGGAUGAUGGCAUCUCGCCACCUCCGGCUCGGAUUGCGAAGUUCACCCUCAGCUACGCAGCCUCCGCUACCGAGGUCCGAGUGAGCUUCGAGAUAGAGACUGGCGUUUUCCUCCCGCCAUGGGUUGAGAACGGUCUGACGAUCAUCCUGCCGGUUGGAGACUCAAGACCGGUCAUAAGCAGCAACGGCCGCGCCAUCAUCGAAGCCCGCCGACAAGACGAGACAGGUCGUCGCCGCUACCACAUUCUUGGCGAGGACCAAAGCAUCAAAGGCAGAUUGUAA